GUCCUUUCUUUGUAUUACUUGGAGUCCCCCCAAAUCAAAAUCGUCAACUUUACCAAGUUGCUUCCAUAAUGAAACAUGUCGCCAUGCUAGUUAGCCGAUUAGGUCGUUCUCAAAUGAAUCGAUAAUCUUCCCACAUAACGGCCCCUCAUACAAGUAUAUUACAGACUAGAACUCCCAUCCCACUGUCUGCCCCAAUCGAUCAAUAACCUUGAAUGCAACAAUGACCUUGUAUUGCAUUCAAGGUUCAGCUCCAUUCACCACUGGCACUCCACGACCCCUACGUUUCCCAGGUGCACCGCGCCCAGACGGAUUCAAACCUUGGGAUCCAGUGCCGCCCCGGCCAAUCGGAUUGAAACGACGGUUACCCCGACGAGCAUGGUUCAAGGCCUCAUUUUGAGCUGGGCCUUCUGGGUUCGACAAGAUGUUC